UAUGACAAUACCAAGGCAGGACUUUCGCGUUACGAAAAUAACAACAGACGUAGAAUCAAGAAGUAAAAUUGCCUACAGAUGUGGUAAGGUACGAGCCACGGUCGACUCCUUUUGCAUCUCUAUGUCAACUUUUUUCUUUGUCUUUUUUAAAAGUGGCAGUAUACCUCAAGGCAAAAUUUUCAUCUUUAUGUCUGUUUUGGUUGGGACAUUGGAAAAGAAGGACCAUAGAGAGAGAGAGAGAAAUUCCUACCGAAUGAAGAAUGUAUAGUCCAGCUGUGAGCCGCAUCCAUUCACGACGAACCACGGGUGUUUAUGAAGAAUCAACAUGUUCUACCAUCGAGGGGCAGUCUGUGAGCCUUCUUCGUUAUAACGGGUGUGUGUGUCUGGUUCACUGUCAGAGGGGAAAGAUCAGAGGUCACAGCAGGUCGGGGGCUAGAAGCUAGGGAUCAUGUCUGCCGUGGCGUUCCAGGACCUUCCUCUUAACAUCUACAUGGUCAUCUUCGGGACCGGAGUCUUCGUCUUCGUCCUCAGUCUCAUCUUCUGCUGCUACUUCAUCAGUAAACUAAGGCACCAGGCUCGGCGAGAGAGGUUUGGAUACAAAGCGGUGGUAUUCAAAGGGGAUACAAAGAAACUGAAUCUAAACGGGCAGACAUGUGCAGUGUGCUUGGAGGACUUCAGAGUGAAAGAUGAGCUAGGAGUGUUGCCAUGCCAACAUGCCUUUCACCAGAGUUGCCUGGUGAAGUGGCUGGAGGUGCGCUGUGUGUGUCCCAUGUGUAACAAGCCCAUCACUGGACCACCUGAACAUCACCACAGCCUGGGCACACUACUGGAUGAACUGGUGUAGCGCAUUGUCAUGGCGAUACAGUUCGAACGGAGUGGUGUAACAUGUUGAUAUGACAACACAGUUGGAAUAGACUGGUCUAACAGACUAUACGUCGUUAAAGUGAAUUUGCUGGACAAACUGUUCUUAAGGUCCAGGGAGAAAACCACAACAAUGGAGAAAAAAUAUUCAGAUUUCAGACCCUCAUGUAUUGAUAAUGAGACGGGACACAGAGCAGUAUGGGUACUGUAGUAUAUCAUACUACACCUUAUCAAGUGGAGUCAGUCAUUUAAUGACUGACUGCUCAAACCUCUUCACUCAACCAGUUUCAGGAAUGAGUGCAGGAUUCCCAAACCAAACUCUGGGACUAAAAUGUCCCUCUCAACCCUCAGUCACUGUCUGGACGAGGGGCUACCUGUUGAGGGAGAACUUCAGGUAACUCAUGGGCCACAUUGCCGAACGCCCAGAUAAAAAAUAUGAUGUAGAACAGACAUGCCUCUCUGAAAUGUAGGGUGAGGAAUCAUGUCAACUCUAUUUGUGACAUUUCUAUCUGCAACAUCCAGUAUGUUGCACCCUGGGGAUGAUGACAUACAUUUAUUAUUAUUGUGACACGUUUCCUGCUGACUACACUGUAUGUGUGUGUAUGCGCGUCUGUCAGAUCUGUGUGUGACACACUCCUGUUUUGACCGACAACGACAAUGUAUUUAUUCUGACCAGUAUUUCCUAUAAACAAGCCUUUGCAGUUUAUUGUAUUUAGAAUGAAGAGAGAUUCAGACGCAUUCCUUUCUGCAUGGUAAACUGAACUGAAGCACUGCCCAAUAGCUAAGUCGACAUUCCCUACGUGAACAUCGCAAAGAUUUUUCUAUUGAAAUGGAAAUCAUAAGACAAUAUCUGCUUUAGUAAAUAUGAGAAAAAGUCUAUGGGUCCUGAUUUGUUCUAUGUCCUACCAUGUUUGUAGUGUGUGAACGAACAGUCCUCUACUGUGUAUGUAGAGCCAGGAGGAAUAGAAACACACCUCACCUGCCUUAAACCCCCUCUCACCUCCGGGUCUGCUCUGAGAUACGACAUGGGCCAUGACCCAAUACUUCAACCAUUCCCCUUCCACCCUCCCUUCCGCAAAGUACUCACUGACCUUACUGGAUGGGUAGAAGACGUUCCACCACAUAGCUUCCGUCAAUACAGUCAGGUCAGAUGUGUGAAUAUUUAGUAAAAGAGGUUGAAAGGGUACAUUUUUUAAGUAUUGGAACAGGUCCAUGGAUUUUACAGUCCUGUCUCAGUUGCCAUGUUUGUGCUCCUGUGAAUGUUUCAGGGGUCACUUCUCAACACCAUCCAUCUCUUCAUCACAGAGUGUUAUUAUGGACUGCCCUCAUACGAACAGUUACACCAUGAAGCCUGGAAGGGUCACUAGACUAUAGUCACUAGAGGGCCAGCCUGUCUCUGCUUUUACAUGAAUAUUUCAAAGGAGUUGGCUGAAGCAGGCACCCAAGCUACUAAGUGGCCAGGCUAGAUCGAACAAGUGACACUAUUUAAUGAGAACUGACAAACAAAUUUGUGUGCCAUCUGUUAGGGGUUAACCCUUCACACUCCUACCCGUAUACUGGUUGAAAAGUGAGUAUUUGGACACUGAUAAACGCCUAAAUUGGAACGCAGUGGCUGUACAGUAACUUCCUAUACAUGACAUCAGAGCUCAGGGUCUCCACUUCACAGCGCUGUACGGGU